CUCACUCACCUGGGCUCUCUGCUGCUGCUGUCCGGACACGACGCACCGAGGAGCGGCUUCGACAGGAGGUCAGAUCCAGGGUUUCAGGAAGUCAUGGAAACAACAAUGGAACCAGGAAGAGAAGCUCACGCAGACCAGAGCGUCGUCAUCCUCCACGCCAAAGUGGCUCAGAAAUCCUACGGCAACGAGAAAAGGUUCUUCUGUCCUCCUCCCUGUGUCUACGUCAGUGGACAUGGAUGGAGGGUCAUGCAGGACCAUCUGAAAGCUGCAGGUUAUGGAGACUCUGUGUAUCGGCUGAGUGGUUACAUGUGUCUGGACACUUCCACUCAGUCUCAGGCCGACACUUUCAAACUGGUCUUUGACGAGCAGCCGAAUUCACGGCAGAUGUUUGCGUCGGCCAAGUCGCUCUUCAUCUCUGAUCAGGACAAGAGGAAACAUUUCCGGCUGCUGCUGAGACUCUUCCUGGGAAACAGAGUGGAGGUGGGAUCGUUCCAGAGCCGACUGAUCAAAGUCAUCUCCAAACCCUCGCAGAAGAGACAGUCCAUGAAGAACGCUGACCUGUGUAUCUCCUCGUGCUCCAGAGUGGCUUUGUUCAACCGCCUGCGCUCACAGACGGUCAGCACUCGUUACCUCUCUGUGGACAGAGGAGCUUUUGUAGCGAGUGCCAGACAGUGGACGGCCUUCACUAUCACCAUGGUGGAGGACCACAGCGCUGACCAAGGAGACUUUGUGCUGAGCGAAGGCUUCGUCUGUUAUGGAUGUGUGGUCCAGUUAGUGUGUACCGAGUCUGGAGUAGCUCUGCCACCGAUGGUGAUUCGUAAAGUCAACAAGCAGCACGCCAUCUUAGACGUGGACGAGCCCGUGUCUCAGCUGCAUAAAUGCGCCCUGCAGUUCAAAGACAACCCUCACGCCUACCUGUGUCUAUCUAAUGACAACAUCGUACAGUACCAGGCUCCCUCCAGCGCCAAAGACUCCAGCAGAGUGGUGCUGAACGACGGAGCCUGUUGGACCAUCAUUGGAGUAGAAAUGGUGGAAUUCACCUUUAAUGAGGGUCUGGCCUGCAUCCAGACACCAGUCAGUCCUUUUCCUGUUAUCACAGGGUUGGAGGUAAACGGUGGAGGACACGUCGCGAUGCUAGAAAUCCACGGAGAAAACUUCAGCCCUCAUCUCAAAGUCUGGUUUGGAAACAAUGAAGCUGAAACUAUGUUCAAGUCUCCCAAAUCUCUGCUCUGCGUCGUUCCCGAUGUCUCUGCGUUCAGUGACGGCUGGCGCUCUCAGCGCUGCGUCACCACCAUCCCUCUGUCUCUCAUUCGACUGGACGGCCUGAUUUAUCGCACGUCGUUCAGUUUCACCUACACCCCUGAACUCAAGCCGCCUCCGUCUGUGCGAGGGGCUGGAGGAGGGAGAAGAGAAGGGGGGAUGGACAGAAGCCAGGAGGACGACGUCCUCUUGGAGACCAUCCAUCAGGAGUUCACCCGAGCAAACUUCCACCUCUUCAUGCAAAGUUGACAAAGCUGUCUUCCAGUGAAGGUUUGGAGCACAAUCUGAUUAUCAGCUGGAGUUGGUUAAAAAAAAACAAUGAACUGCCCAAUGUUGAAGCUUGAGUUAGAGAUUUUGACUCUAUUAUCAUUGAUAAUGUUUGUUGAAUCAGAAAAUUCUGAAUCGUUUCAGUGGAAACUGUGAGAAUCAAUAGAGACAAUCCAGUUCCCUCUGAUCAUUAAACUUAUUUAAAAGUACAACGUGAAUUCCCUGCAUAAAAAUCUGUUU